AUGAUGUUUCUCAUCAGCUUGCUUCACACCAGACUGGAGCGGCUGCAGAGAAAGUGGUGCUGUCAAAAGAUGAACAUUUUACUGGUGGGCAACAUCACACAACCCCAGUAUCUGCGGGACAGCUUUAGCACAGCAGUGACUAGAAAUGUAAUCGUGGUUGGUUUGUGCAUCUCCAUCAACUAUAUCAACGGCACGCUCGUCCACACCUUCAUCAAGCAUGAGAUCUUUAACGGAAACCCUCGCUACAUCCUCUUCAUUCACAUGGUGUUCAACGACAUGAUUCAGCUGACGAUUGCAGUCCUCCUUCACGUUUUAAGCUACGCUGUGUUUACUCUCAAUAUCUCUUUCUGCUGUGUCUUAUUGAUGAGUGUUAUAUUCACAACGCUCAACACACCCCUGAAUCUCGCUACCAUGGCUAUAGAGCGCUAUAUAGCCAUAUGCAACCCUUUACGUCACGUUCAGAUCUGUACCGUUCUUCCAGACUUGUUCAUCCUGUUGGCUACAAGACCUCUAACCUUCUUCUACAGCAGAAUGGCCUGCGUCAGAGAUUAUGUGUUUGAUAACCCAUAUAUAGUAGAAAAGAGAAAUGUUGUGUACAUCAUUUACCUGACCUUUGUGUGGCUCACUAUAGUGUAUACUUACUUGAAGAUCAUGUUUGUUGCAAAGGCCACGAACUCGGAUGCUCGCAAAGCUCGGAGUACCAUCAUCCUACACGGGAUCCAGCUUGUGAUGUGCAUGCUAACGUUUGUUGGACCCUUCCUGGACAGGCUGUUUGCGGAAAUAUUUCCGUUGUUUAUUAUGGAUACGAGAUUCGUAAGUUAUUUAGUAAUCCAGAUAAUGCCCAGGUUUAUCAGUCCUAUUGUGUAUGGCGUGAGAGAUCAAUUGUUUUGCAAAUACCUGAAAAGAUAUUUACUGUGUACAAUGUUCAACAUGAGGAGAAAAAUACAAAAUCUCCAAUCCAGCAAAAAUUCAUAA